UGUUUAUUUUCAAUUUGCAAUUAUUUCAGAAUCAGGGUUAUCAGUUAUUAUCAUAUAAGUAUAGAUAGCGGAGAGUAUAGAUAAAAGGAGAAUACCGACUGACUGUGAUAAGUCUGGCCACAUUCUUAACAUGCCUGGGGUCCACUCCAUGUGAAGAUGGCGAGCCAUUGUGACCCCUUAUAUACCCCCAGCAGCUUCCAACUUGGAUAUAAAGACGAUGCAUUCGCGGGUUAAUCAUUACCAUUUUCAUAUUCAUACACUCAAAAGCUGAGCAAAACAAUAUUUCUUAAAAUUAUUUUGUGUUCGGAAGUAAGGCAAAAGAAGAAAUUAAGCAAGUUUUGACAUGAAGCUUGUGGCGAUAUUUAUAUUCUUCCUUGAGUUAUCGUUUUCACUAUGUAGAAUAAUUAACUCUCAGUAUGACAAAGUACACCCUGAGCAGAAUCUGAAAGGGGACGCACAUAUGUUUGGUCUAUUUGGAAAAAAUAGUGCUAGUGAAAUUUUUGAAACUAUUUCUGACAACAAUAUCGCUACGAAAAUGAUAGAAAGUAACCAACAAUUUCCGAUAUCAAAGGAGGAAAACGAUAUUGUUGCUAAUAGAGAGAAACGUUCAGUUCAUGUCGUCGGUAGUGAGGACAAUUUUGCCGUGGACACGGAAAUGAAUAAUGAAAUAACGUCUUAUCUUCAAACGGAAAAUGAAGUAGAACAAUCUAUGGAGAGACACAUGACUUCCUUUUAUGUUGACAUGAUAAAUCUGUUCCAGUAUGAAUUAUUAGAGAUUGCAGAUAGAGAAUCUAAGACUCGCCAACAUUUGAGACAACAAAGAAAGUCACCAAGUUUAAGACCUAAAAGGAGUUUACGAUCACUUUUAAAAGACGCUCAUAUAAAGAACAUUCUUAUGAAAUAUUUUCAACAAAAACAAAGUCAAGAACAUGGUAAUCCUUUGUUACGAUACGGAUAAAUUUCAUGAUUCUAAUUCAAACAUUUGGAGGAAAAACUGAUCAAUUAUUUUGUUAACCAUAUUACUGUGAUUGACAUAUCAUCUGUCAUCUAGUUUACAUGUCAUAAUUCAAGAAUCUCAAUUUAUUUGAUGAAUACCCUUUAAAAUUUAAUAUUAAAAGAUAACAUUUCAAAUCUUUUUUUUU